UUUUUUUUUUAUCCCAAAAAAUGUCUAUGAUGGUUGCCUUGCCCGCUUAAAACCCCACCGUCGCCCCCAAAAUUCGAGCACCUUCCCUUCGCCUCUAGUGUGACGUUGGAACUUCUUUCUACAGCCAUCUCCGCACUUCUCCUUCUUCCCUCUCUUCUCGUGCUUGAUAUCCGCUUCUAUUGCCACUUUUUGAUCUCGGUUGGUGAUCUGAUCAACGGAAUACCGUGAUAUAAAGAGUCGUUUUUCUUUCUAACCUUGUUUUUAGUGAUUUCACGACUAAAUUGAUUUCUCUAGAGUUUGCUUAAGAUGCAAUACUUGAGGAAUUCGAUAGUGAAGCAUUUGCGUCUGAGCUGCUCAUCACCCGGGCUACCAGAGUUUCUAGCAGCAGGAAGAUUACUCGAGGCACCGGAGAGGCUUUUUUGCUCAUCGUCAACCUCGGCGGAUCUCACAAAUCGCGUGCUUGAGGCGGUCAAGAAGUUUGACAGGAUCGACGCAAACAAGGUGACAGAAAAGGCUGACUUCAGAAAGGACCUUAAUCUAGACAGCUUGGACAGGGUUGAGCUGGUUAUGGCCAUUGAGCAGGAGUUCUCCAUUGAAAUUCCUGAUGAGAAGGCAGAUAAACUUGCUUGCUGUGCCGAUGUGGUCAAAUACAUAUCUGAAACUACGCAAGUGGAGAAAGACAAUUCCUGAGAGGCGACCACUCUUACUCUACAGUGCUGGAAAACAUUUUUGAGCUGACAUGGCUUCAUCUUUGACCAUCACUUCUGUUUUAUUGUUUCUGAAGUAAAAUGGAACUUUGCUUCCUUUGGAACACUGCCCCUGAGGUCUUGUCGCUACUUUAAAAUGCUUUGAAUUUUGCUUUUAGAGCAUUCAUGUUGUUCCAUUUGUCUUUCUUGUAGUACAAAUGUUCUGUUCUUCGUA